AUCAGCGAAGCGCACCUUUUUCUAAUUAGUCGUCAAUAUCAGCUUCUUAUGGUAAACAACUAGAAAAUCUAAAAUUAACAUUGUAUUGUCAGUGGAUUGUAAAAAUACAGUUGAUAUUUUCAUCCCCUGGAAUUGCAAAGAAAAUUCAAAAGCGGAUACAACAAGUAACUGUACCAUUUAUAUGAACAACUAUGUGAAAGUUGUUUUUUUUUAUGUUUUUCUUAACAAGUUCUUAAUGCUAACAGUAGGACGCUGGACACAGAGGCAUUUCAUUCUGCUGGCUCUUUAAGAAAAGUGACGUUUUCCUUUGUGGGCGUAACCCGGAAGACUGCUGUCAUUGCAUCAGGCGUCAACAUGGAGCUCGCCGUGUAAUGGCACAGCUGUCGCUGCUUGGUUAUAUGAAUACGCUUAGUCACUUUGCUGCUUCGUUGAUCAAAUUCAGAGGAGCCCGCGGUUCAACGGUUCGUUGCGGACUCGUAACAGAAAUGUACACAGAGCCCAAGACCAAGCUGCUACGUUUGCUCAUGCCGACCUCCGAUGAGCCGACGAUUGAAACUGGGGUCCAAACAGAGGAAACAGAGAUCCUGAAUUUCACAGUGAAGGCUCUGAAAGAAGGUGACAUUGUUGCAGUACCCACAGACACCAUCUACGGCCUGGCAUGUCUUGCCCAAAACUCUAAGGCAGUCAACAAAAUCUACAAUGUGAAAGGACGGAACGAAAAGAAGCCGCUGGCGAUUUGUGUUGGGGAAAUUCGGGAUGUUUAUAAGUACUGUAAGGUGCGGGUGAAGGAGGAGCUGCUGGUGGACCUGCUCCCCGGUCCCGUCACCCUGGUGUUUGAAAGGUCUAAAGCCCUAAACCCCGAUCUCAACCCCUUCACAGCGCUUGUCGGCGUGCGAAUUCCGGACCACGGCUUCAUGAGGCGUCUUUGCCAGAUUUGUAAGGAGCCGCUGGCCCUCACCAGCGCCAACGUCAGCUCGCAGAGCAGCACGGUGAAAGUACAGGAGUUUCAGCAGCUCUGGCCCAAACUGGCCGUCGUGGUGGACGGCGGACCGAUACUUGACCAGAGCCGCCUCGGGUCAACAGUGGUCAACCUGUCGGUAUUUGGAAAGUAUCGCAUUAUCAGACCCGGCUGUGCCCUUUCUUCCACGCUUGACGUGCUCGAGCGCAAAUACGGACUGUCAGAGGACUCGGGGCAAGAAUGACCUUUAAACUCUCCACACUCCAAAACACACGCUGAGACGCACAAGCAGCUUUGACACGGCGCUCCUUUCGGAAAGCAUGAAUCUGUGCAUUUCUAACUUUCAUAGGGCAAAACUUUAACUCUGAGCUCCUGAGUGCUUUCUUCUUUGGGUGAAGAGAUUGUAUUUAUUUUUUUACCAUCCAUUUUUUUGGAUGCUGUCUGACAUUUGUUCAUGAAUGAGUUGGGAAAGUCCCAUCUGUUGUCUCUAAAGCAUUUUAGUGUAAAUGGUCUCAGGGAAGGAAGGGAUGAGCACUUGCGUUAUUCACUGUAUGAAACUUUGUGGUUACAUUAAGGUUAAAGAGUUCUUCAGACUAGAAAGCCCUUGUUUUUUCUUUGAACUAUUUUGUAAAGGUAUCUCUGCCAUAUUACUGUAAGUUACAGUUUUCUGUGUAAAACCAAAACUGUGUAACUUCAGAUGCAUCUUAAAUAUGAAAAUAUUGCAAUAGCUUCAAAUUUAGGUACAUUCUCUGUUUUUUGCCAAUUUCCUAGUUAAAAUUGGAUAGUUUCCUUUUUCCUCCAUGAAGUGCCUGAUAUAAGGUUAAUUAAUGGAUUGUGCAAUGGCUGUAUAUUUACAUUAAAAUGUUUUUUUUAUGAAUCAUUGUCCUCUUUGUGUUUUAGAA